UAAAAAACGGUGCAUGCGAGUUAGUAACGCGAGGGCGACCCAUCAAUGCACUGCUCAAAGCCGCACAAAAACUAAGAAAGCAAAAAAACGGCACGUGAUAAUGCAACAAAAAAUCCAAAUAUAAUGUGUACUAAACAUAUGUAAAAUAUUACACAAAAUAAAAUAAUAGUGUUUAAAAACGACUCGAAAUUAAUAGAGUAACUUUCUUUUGCAUCGCGAUUGCGAUUAUUUAAAACGGAAACGAAAACAUUGUUGCAAAAUUUACGUAAUACGAAAAAGAAAAAGGUCUCGGAUUUGAUAGUGUGUGCCCCUAGUGAAUUUUCUGAAAUUACCUUUAACACACGGAGCAGCAGCAGCAGCUAAGAGCGCCAACUGAGAGAAAGAGAGAGAAUGUCCUAUAAUCACAACAACAGCUCUGAGGAUUACUCACACGAGGAUGACGAGGUAACGGAAGGUGCCUUACAGGUCUGGCGCACGCUGCCCGAACGCAUUCGACAGGAUCCCAGCCUAGCCUCCUUCAGGCAGGAGCACGAGCGUCUCCAUGGCGAUCCCUUGCCUUUGGAGGAUGUGGCAGAGCAAGAGCACAACGAACUUGAGCAAAUUGGACGGAAUGGACAUGGACAUAUGGAGGAGCCGAAGGCGGUCUUCACACAGAUCGGCAUCAAUGUGACGAACGAGGCGGGACAGGUGCAUGUUUUGGAUGGCAGGGACCUGGAGAACAACAACGAGGAUCAGCACGACGAUGGCGAGGGCUACUCCAAAAGCAACUUCAAAAAGUAUUUGACUUGGUUUAAGAUAUCGGUGCUGCUUGUUGUGUGGUGUGUUUUCACCGCCUUUCUGAUGAGCAACAACGAGCACGUGGAUCAAUUGAGUCUCAUCAGUGUGCCGAAGAACAGUUCCACGCGAGUCUUCUCCAUUGCCACAUCGAAGCUGGAGCGGAUUGGGCUGGGUCUAAGGGGCCCCUUUCGGUUGCAGGAGAACGAGUUGCAGUUGAACGAUAGUGUGCCGCUGCCCGUGUUGCAAGUCCUUGUCACACGCAGCUAUUUGGAUGCACAGGGUCAGGAGUUCUACACGGAGAAUGCGAGUCAAAUGUGGCAACUAGAUGUUGUCUAUCCGGAGCUAAUCGAUGCCACCAAGGAUACCAAAAAAACCCACACUUUCGAACUAAUGCCAGCGGAUGCAGCAAAACUCAUCGAGGCAAAUGGAACACGACUCAAUUUUGAGUUAACCAGCACCAUUGAUGGCGAGCUGCCGCUCCAACUGAAUGUGGAUGAGUCGCCCAUCUACAAGAAGCAUGGCGUUCUCUAUGCGGCAGCUGUGCUCUGCGGCCUCUAUGUGAUGAUCAUUUGGGAGAUUGUUAAUCGCACUUUUGCUGCCAUCAUUGCCUCAACUUUAUCUGUGGGCAUUUUGGCUGCGCUCAACUCGCGUCCUUCAAUGUCCACGAUUAUGGGUUGGAUUGAUGUGGAAACAUUGCUGCUGCUCUUUGGCAUGAUGAUCUUGGUUGCCAUACUCUCGGAGACGGGCGUGUUUGAUUAUCUCGCUGUUUAUGCAUAUAAGAUCACAAAUGGACACGUCUGGCCUCUCAUCAAUUGUUUGUGCUUCUUUACGGCCAUUUUGUCGUCGUUUUUGGAUAAUGUUACAACGGUGCUGCUGAUGACACCGGUCACGAUACGCCUCUGCGAGGUCAUGUCCCUCAAUCCGGUGCCCAUCUUGAUGUGCAUGGUCAUCUACUCGAACAUCGGCGGCGCUCUAACCCCUGUGGGCGAUCCACCAAAUGUCAUUAUUGCCUCGAAUAGCUACAUAUCCAAGAAUGGCGUUAACUUUGCUGUGUUCACUCUUCACAUGUUGCCCGGCGUCAUUUUGGUGAUGAUCCAAACAUAUUUGCAGCUGCGCUACAAGUUCCGCAAUAUUAGUGAUCUGCAGUUCAAGGACUCGCCUGAGGUGGAGGAACUGCGUCACGAGAUUCACGUGUGGAAGCGAGCAGCAGCCAGUCUCUCGGCCUACUCCAAGGAUGAGGAACUGGUGCGUCAGACGCUGAUGAAGAAAGUGAAUCGCCUGAAGCGCAGUCUCAAGAAACGCAUUACGGCCGUCGUCGUCCCAGCGCCCAACUAUCAACAGACCCUCGCCAAUCUGCAGGCCAAGUAUCCGAUACGGAAUAAACCUCUGUUGAUCAAGUGCACCGCAGCGUUGAUCUUUGUGAUCAGUUUGUUCUUUCUGCAUUCGGUGCCGGAACUGCAGCGUCUCUCUUUGGGCUGGACAGCACUGCUCGGCGCGAUAUUCCUCAUCAUCUUGGCGGACAUUGAGGAUCUGGAGGCGAUACUGGCGAGAGUGGAGUGGUCCACCUUGCUCUUCUUUGCCGCGCUCUUCAUACUGAUGGAGGCUCUAACCGAAUUGGGCCUCAUCGAGUGGAUUGGCAACAUGACCGAGAACAUUAUUCUAGGCGUCGGCGAAGAUCAGCGCUUAAUGGUUGCCAUCUUGAUAAUACUAUGGGUAUCUGCUGUGGCCUCGGCUUUUGUCGACAAUAUUCCGCUGACAACAAUGAUGGUCAAGAUAACCAUUUCCCUGGCACAGAACAGUACCUUGAAUCUACCCUUGCAACCACUCGUCUGGGCAUUAGCUCUGGGCGCCUGUUUGGGCGGUAAUGGCACGCUGAUUGGUGCCUCGGCGAAUGUGGUCUGUGCCGGAGUUGCCGAGCAACAUGGCUACAAAUUCACAUUCCUCGAGUUCUUCAAAGUUGGCUUUCCCAUUAUGAUUGGCAGCAUAAUUGUGACAACUGGUUAUUUGCUGGUGAUGCAUUCGCUCUUCGCGUGGCAUUGACACUGAUGAUAAUGAUAACGAUGACGAUGAUGAUGAUGAGAUGCUGCCCCCAAUUUGUGGCAUGGUGUUGACUGUGUCGAUUUCGAAACAAGGCGCACUUUACCUCGUUACCUAUAGCUAUAGCUAAAACUAUAGCUGAAGCUAAAGCUGCAGCUACAGCAAAAUGUUCAACAUUCGACACUAAACUAAAACUCGUACAAUUAUCAGCUGCAGUUCGAAUAAUAAAAAGCGAGCCUAAAUUUAGCGGCAAUAACAAGCUGAAAAACAAUGAAUUUCUAAAUAUUAUUAUUAAAAGCAUACUCGAAGUAUGAUAAGAGCAUAUUAAAAAAAGAAAAACUAAACUAACACUAAAUGUAAAACUAAAACUAAACUAAAUAUAUAUUUGAGACAAGAGUUAAAAACAAAUCACAUUUAUUUUUACACAUCAUUGUUAGUGUAGUGCGUAGUCUAAUUAAAAAAUACUAAAAACAAAUAAACAUAAAAUGUAAUUAAAUAAUUGUUUACACAAAUAAUAAUAAUAAUUAUGAAAAAAUAUCGCUGAACUGUGAAAGAAUUGUUAUAUAUGUAUAUGUUUUAUGUACGAACAAUUAUUAAUACAAUAAUUGCUGCUCGUCUUACAUAAUUUAUUUACAAAAAUAUGCUAUAGAUGUAUAAUUAAAAAUUCAAUUGGUUUCCUAAAAAUUUGUGUUGAAAAUGUGCGAAAAUGAAAAACAAAAACUAAACAAAACAAACAUUAUGUAAAAGUUUAAGUUCUUAAUUUGUUAUUAUACAAUUAGUGCUUUAGCUCUAGUUAAAAAAAGAAAGCCAUAAGAACAAUAAAAUGUAAAUCAAUUAUU